UGCCUAAAAUUACAAGAAAAAGAACCUUUGUAUCAUAAUAUUUUGACACAUUAAUAAGGAACCAAAAAAAAAAAAAGGAGAGGAGGAGACAGAAAAACAUAAAAGGUGAGAAAGAAAGCAAAGAAAUUCAAGCAGCGAAUAAAAGUUUCUUCUCUCUUUCUCUCUUUCUUUCUCUUUCUAUUUUCCCCCCUUUUCUUUUAUGGAUAUACCCAAUAAUAAUAAUGGGGACAACGUCCCUCGUAUACGUAAUAUUCACCCUUCUCAACUUUCACCUGAUCAUCAUUAUGGAGCGACUGAUCACUUUGACGAGCAUAUUCCUAUUGAAAGAACGACAAGUACAUUCUCUGAGCGUCUCGGGUCCUUUGUUGGUUCCUAUUCACGUACUUCGAUGAUGUUUAUGGCAGAGAACUUGACUGUGCCUAAUGGUUCUAUAUUGGAUGAUGAGGAGGACAAAUAUUCUGAUUACUAUACAUCAGUUUCACGGAUCCCUUCCACUGUUUCAAGUCGACUGUCUCGGGUUGAAUCAGGACCAGGAGCAAGUACAAGCCACGGAGAGCAUGCUUCGUUACUGUUUUCCCAUUUAGAUAAGGUACUAUCGACUCGAAGUGUAGGAACAGUAGCAGAUGAUUACAGAUAUGAACCACCUACAGUCACCAAAAAGUCAUCAUUUACUCAGUCCAUAUUUAACUCGAUCAAUAUCUUGAUCGGAAUCGGUAUUCUGGCGCUACCCCUUGGUUUCAAAUGUGCUGGAUGGGCUGUAGGAUUAACUGUCUUUGUCUUUUGUUGUGGAUUAACCAACUAUACAGCCAAACUGCUUCAGGAAUGCCUAGAUAUUGAUCCUGAGUCAAGAACAUAUGGUGAUAUGGGAGCACUUGCUUUUGGACUGAGAGGACGUCUUUGGGUAACUGCAUUAUUUAUUACAGAACUUAUAACAAGCAGUGUUGCCUUGGUUGUGCUACUAGGAGACGGUAUUGAUUCACUCUUUCCUGGAUUUGAUCUCAAGACGACUCGAUUGAUCUCCUUCUUUAUAUUGACCCCCAUGUUAUUCUUGCCUAUCCGACAUCUCUCUUAUACAAGCUUAUUAGGAAUCAUCAGUGCAUUUAGUAUUAUCUGUGUAAUUGUUUAUGAUGGAGUGAACAAGGAAACAGCACCUGGUAGUCUUAUUGAACCAGCUGAUACCGAAAUAUUUCCUUCAAAUUACAUGACAGUUCCUCUCAGCUUUGGACUAAUCAUGGCUGGAUUUGCAGGCCACGCUGUAUUUCCCACAGUCUAUCGAGAUAUGGAAAACCCUAAACAGUAUCGUACGAUGGUCAACUGGACUUAUGUUGCAACCACCAUUGUUUAUUUCGGAGUAGCAGCUUGCGGUUAUUUAAUGUUUGGUUCACAGACGAUGCAAGAAAUUACGCAAAAUAUUGUGUCCAUACCAGAGUACAAUCAAACGCUCAAUCGUCUUGCUGUUUGGCUAAUUGCCAUGAACCCUAUAGCCAAAUAUGGUCUGACGGUGAAUCCUGUAAAUAUCAGUUGGCAACUAUGGCUAUUGAAAGGAACUCAUCUCGAAGAGUGGUGCAUCAAGGGACGUUGGCGUGAACCCAUGAUUAUGUUCAUUGGAAAGAUCACGGUGAGUGCGUUUAUCGUGGUGUUGGCUUAUGUUAUUCCUGGGUUCGACAAGAUUAUGUCGCUCCUGGGAGCCUUUUUCUCAUUCAUGAUCUCUGGCAUUUUCCCCCUCGUAUGCCACGUACGACUGUUUGGAACGACAAUGACUAGAAAACAAAAGAUAUUGGACUAUACGCUUAUUUUUAUUGCAUCCUGUAUGGCAUUCAUUGGUACACUUUGGAGUUUCCUUUAAUGGAUCCAUUCAUUCAGGUCCUUGUGAAAUGAUGGUAUUUUGUUACUGUUGUGAACAUGAUUUAAACUUUCAUCAAGUAUCUUUUGAAAUCUUUGUCUGAAUAAAGGUGAUAUUGUCAUCAAAAGAUUGUCCAUAGUUUCAAAUGGUAUUUGCAUAUUCUUUUGUACUAAUCGUAAAGAUGAUGCAUCGAUCGUGGUUAAUAAUGGAGAGCAUGACAGUAUUUUGUAUCCUUGUUCGGAUAUCUCGAUUACGACUAUAAUGUUUUCUAAUAGCGUCAAAUCCAUUCUAGCAAGAUUGUUUAAUUCAUCUUUGACAAAUACUGUUGCUGAUCCUGGAACAAUACCAUAAUCAUAACUGUGUGUUAGCUGGUCUAAUUCAUCAUUUAAUAUAUCGCGUCUCAUUUUUAAAAGAAAAAAAAAG